AAUUCACAAGCACAGCUUUUUACUCCUCACACAGUAGGAAUUUGUCAGGAGCUUGCUGGCAUUAAUAGACUAUUUCAGCUCUUUUCUAURGCCCAGCAGCUACAGAGGGGGGGAAAAAGCAUGCUUUGUAUGGAGCUGUGGUUGGGUCCGUGCUGCAGUGCCCAUCUGAACUUGGCUGUGUCUAUUUUGUCAGCUUUUGCUUCCCUCUAGUAGUUGCUGGUCCCUCCCAAAACUCAUGAAAUCCCACCAUACAAUGCCUGUGCUUGGAUCAGGGCUGUGGCUGCUCCUGACCYGAACCACUUCCCUUGAUGGUUUUGCUUUUCAAACUCUUUACUGCAAACAAGAUAUCUGUGGGUUUCAAUUCUUUGUCUGGCUUUCAAUCUUUACUUUUCAAUCUCCAGAUGAGUAGGACUAGGACAAAACAUGUGGUGUCCCUAACCAGGGAUCCAUGGAGAGGGUUUAAGCUAUUGGAAAAGUGAGUGGCAUUCUUGAAAUGGUGUGGUUGUGUUUAUUUGGGUGUGGAUAUAAUCAUGUUUCUGUGAUACAGUUCCUGCUGAGUCUGAAAUGCUAGUGUCAGUAAAGCCAGAAGGAGAGCCAGACAAAAGCUUGGAGAAAAGUCAGAAUUUCGGUGCCUCUUACUGAUGGUUCAUGGGAAAGUAACRAUUUUGUGUUUGACUUUGAUUUUCCUAAAGCACUGGGCAUAUGCUUUUUCUCCUCUGUGAAUUACUGUUUGUGAAUAUAUAUCUUUGCAGCAUCAGAACACCAGAAACAGCUGGUUUUUGUGCCUAGGUUUCACUCAUAGAGGUAGGUCCUUGCUACAGACCCUGGGUAGCCUGAUGAAAAUGGUGUUUAAUUACAAAGCUUCAAUUCCUGCUGUUGCUGAUCACGGCAGCCUAACUCCUGGUCUUGCUGAAUCCCUGGAGCAGAGGACAGGCUCUGCUGCUCUGCCAUUGCCAUGCCUCCAUCUCCUCCACCCCACACAUUUCUUAGCCCUGUGUAGAGCUCAGCAGAGAUUUCUUCAUGAAGCCUGGAAUGUGUUUAUAUAAUAUUUUAUAUAUUAUUUUAGGCUCCUGCUACUCAUAUGUAGGCAAACGCUUAACCUCUUACUCUCCAUCAUUAGACGAACCGUGAAAUUGCUGUAGCAGGCAUCAAGUCAGGUGGAUCUAAACCAGCUUGUGUUUUUCCUGCCUGGAAGGUUYAUCCUUCAUCAUUUUCCUGGCAAGUGUGGCUACCAGGAGCAGGUUUUCCAGRCUGGGAGUGUUUAGUGGGAGCAUUGAUUGUGAACCACACUGGUCAAGCAUUGAUGAGCCGAGCUGGGAGUAGUGGGGGCUCUUCUGCAUGGGAGGUGAUGGGAAGGGGGUGAUGUGAGAGGCUCCAUUUCUGCAAAAGCGAGGGUAGGACAGCAGUGGGAACACUGGGCAAAACUGCUGAAAAGGAGAGAACAACCUGCUGCACUAAAUCACAGCUCCCCUGGGRACACAGCUCCAUAGUUAGCAUCCUCAAAUGGCAUUCCUUCAUUACGGCAUCAUUGUGCACAGCCCUCUAGAGAGGAAGCAAACGGUCUCUAAAACAAUCUGCUGGCAGCUCAGACUGGAGUAUUUGAGGUUUUCCAGGGCUCUUUUGCUGUGUCACUCUUCCCUUUAAUGUUCCAGCUCRAAGGUUGUUGUUCUUUCUCCAUCAAAGUGCGUUAAAGCACCGGUGAGAGUGCCUGCWCCAAGGACAAGGUGUAGAAGGCAGCAGCCCACGGAGAACAAGAGAUACUGCAGAACAGCUUUGUUUUGGUGUAAUCUGUCUUAUCUGCAUGUGAUGCAAAGUCAGGGCAGUUUUCCCAAGACUCAGAGGCUGUGUGGUGACAUGUUUUCUGUCCUUUUAUGAAAUCCACCACGUUAUUUUGAUUAGAGCGCUAACGUAACUCCUGGCAGCCUCAAAUCUCACUGCUAGCAGCUACUUCCCUCCAAAGCCUGAUGUGGUGCUAACAAGCAGAGGGAUCUUGUGCGUCCUGUUUACAUGGAGCUGGGAAGACAGCGUGUUCCGUGGGAGGUGCCAAGGUAGCGCUGCAGUGGAAUAUAAGUUUUUAGGUGGUAGAGACACGGUGAAGCUGCGUGUGGGGCAGGCAGAGCUGAUGGGGRAGCCUGGGGUGUAGCCCAGGAUGGACUGGCUGUGACGACGACGUGCCUUAGCCGGAGAGGUCGUUACCAUGAAGAGUUCCUGCAGAGCUGGACUCCACAGGGAACCGCUCAACUCCACAUCCUCCACCUUCCACCAAGUCAAACGGGUUUCUGGUAUGCACUUAAAGCCAUAUCUCAAGUUACAGAAGAAAGAACGAUCCCCAGAAAUAAGCCAGGAUUCCCUGCGAGGCCACCAGGGACCAGCACAAGGAGAAAAAUACACCAACUGCACCARACUGAGCGUUUUCCCAAAACCCUCCCUCGUGACUCCAUCUCAAAAACUUCUGGGGAUUAUUUAUCCAAAUACUAUGUGCAAUAUGAACGGGAAAGGUCCAGCAGAUGGUCCGAGUGCAAGGGARAAGAAGAACGCCCUGUCUGCGACGAUCCACCAGGGAGAAGAAGGGGAAGGGCCGCUGGAUGUCUGGGCUGUGGUCAAACCUGGCAACACCAAGGAGAAAAUCGCCUUCUUCGCAGCCCAACAGUGCAGCAGCAACACCCGCGUGGGCUCCAUGAAAAUCAAGAGCACGUGGGACAUCGACGGGAGAACGGCCAAGCGCAGGAAAAAAUCGGUGGAUCUUAAAAAAGCCAAAAUCCAACUGGAAAGGAUGAGGGAGGCGAACGCCCGGUGCUCCCAGCCGGAGCCUUUCGCCUGCGGCAUCGAGCACUGCUCGGUGCACUUCGGCAGCGACGGCGGCGAGGGCGCYUUCCCCGGCCGCUCGCUGUCGGUCAUCGAGAUGGUGGCGUUCCUGGAGCAGCGGGCCAGCGCUCUGCUGGUGGACUGCGCCAAGAGCUGCGCGGCCACCCGGCUCAGCGCCCAGCCCAAGGCCACCCCGCCCGCUCCCAACCCUGACCCGUUCUCCUCGGCCGCGGCGUGCGAGGCGCCUGCGGAGCCCCAGGGCGAGCCCGUGCGCGUGCUGGACAUGGUGGCCAAGCUGGAGUCCGAGUGCCUGAGGCGGCAGAGCGAGCGCGAGGCCGGCAGCCUCUCCCGCAACAACAGCUUCCGCAGGAAUGUGGGCAGGGUGCUCCUGGCCARCGGCACCCAGCCCGAGGGAGAGGUGGCCAAGGGCGUCCCGGCUCAGGGGGACGGCCUGGGGGAGGCAGGGGUGGCCGAGGCUGGCUACAAUGGCUGCUGUGUCCCUCUGGGUGACACCGAGCUGUGGGAUGGCGCUGCCUCUGCCCGGCAGCCAUUUGCUUCGGGGCUGGAUACCCGGGUGGGGAAUGUGAAUUCRGGACUGGCCCAYGCGGUGYUGGCCAUGACAGCCGGCAGGAAUGAUGCUGAAACGCGGGUUGAGCCUCCCAGGGCUCUGCUGGCCCCGUGUCCGGCUGCUGCCAGGCUGCCAGCRGAUCCCUUGCAGAGCAAGAACGCGACUGUUGAUUGUACGUCGAAAGAGCCUGUAAUUUUCCCAAAGCAUCCUGCUAGGAAGGAGCCCUUGUGCAUCAGUAUAUCAGUCACCAAGACCGAGAAAGGGUGCAGGAAGGAGAAGCUCUCCAGCUCCAGUUCUGGUGAGGAUUCGCUCCCAGGGAGGCUGUUUUUCCUCCAGGGUGAGCAGCCUGCUGCUCACGAGGGGCAGCYGCAGCGGGAGAACACCCAGGAGAAGCCAGGGGAAGUAGCCCAAAAUGAAGAUGAGGAUGCUCUGUCAUCUGGCAGAUCAUGUGUCAGAAGCAGUGUCCCAACAGAGCCAUCGGUCCCUUCUGUCCCUCCCGCAGAAGGGGCUUUGCAAGUACUUGAYGCUUCCUGCCUAAAGCGGCAGGUUUCGCAUGACUUUCUGGAGACCAGGUUUAAAAUCCAGCAGCUUCUGGAGCCUCAGCAGUACAUGGCCUUCUUGCCUCACCACAUCAUCGUGAAGAUCUUUGGGUUGCUUCCCACCAGGAGCYUGGUUGCCCUAAAAUGCACUUGCUACUACUUCAAAUUCAUCAUCGAGUACUACAACAUCCGGCCGGCGGACUCGCGCUGGGUCCGCGACCCCCGCUACCGGGAAGACCCUUGCAAGCAGUGCAAGAAGAAAUACGUCAAGGGGGACGUGUCCCUGUGCCGGUGGCACCCCAAGCCCUACUGCCAGGCUCUGCCCUACGGGCCUGGCUACUGGAUGUGCUGUCACCGCUCCCAGAAGGGCAUCCCSGGCUGUAAGUUGGGUCUCCACGACAAUCACUGGGUCCCCGCCUGCCACAGCUUUAACCGUGCGAUCCAUAAGAAAACCCGAGGAGCRGGAGCCGAGGUGGAAGAGGAAUAUUAGUGCACAAACACUUUCCUGUCAGAUUGUUUGGGGUAGGAGGAGGAGGAGGAGAUUCUCAUGCCUUGUGCUGUUUACAGUGUAUAUAAUUGUCGUGAUUUUUUUUUUUUUUUGUUCCACAGGGCUAUGAUACUGCACAUAUUCAAACACAAGAGCCUUUACCUUUUAGAUUAAAAGAGAGCUUUUAGUCCAUCUCUGUAAAUAACACUAUAAAAACUAAUUGUACAUACAGAGUCUACAGCUGGCUGAACAAGGUAACCCUUACAAUGCAGCUAUCCCAGUGUUGCGGCUAUAGGUGUGUGUGUUUUUAAGUGUCUUGUUUCAAAAUCUGUAUAUCCUGUAUAAUAUAUGAAUGUUUCUGAGAAGAAACUCUAAAUAGGUAAAGGUCAACUUGUUUAAAGAAGCUGCAGACAACUUAACUGGACAACCUGAAACUUAGACUAUAGAACAGAUCCAUUAUAGUAGCGUGGCAGUGGAUUAAAAAAAAAAGAAAAAGAGAAGAAUAUUAUUGUAUAGUCAGAAUAUUAAAAAAAAAAAAAAAAUUGUUGUCUACCUUACCGAUGUUGUCUGGUUGGGUUUUUUGUUUUUUUUACAUAAAUAAAGUGUGCAUUCUA